GGCGCCGUAGGCAGGCGGGAGCGUCACGUCAGGUUGGGUUAGAGCUGCGCCUGUCAGUGCGAGCGGCGGGAUGGCGGCGCUUUAUGCUUGCACCAAAUGCCACCAGCGCUUCCCGUUCGAGGCGCUCAGCCAGGGACAGCAGCUCUGCAAGGAGUGUCGGAUUGCACACCCCAUUGUUAAAUGUACUUAUUGCAGAACUGAAUUCCAGCAAGAGAGCAAAACCAACACAAUAUGCAAGAAGUGUGCACAGAACGUGAAACUUUAUGGGACGCCCAAACCAUGCCAGUAUUGCAAUAUAAUUGCUGCAUUUAUUGGUAACAAGUGCCAGCGUUGUACAAACUCCGAGAAGAAGUACGGACCACCACAUUCGUGUGAGCAGUGUAAGCAGCAGUGUGCCUUUGACAGGAAAGAUGAUAGGAAAAAAGUGGAUGGGAAGCUACUCUGCUGGCUUUGCACACUCUCCUAUAAAAGAGUCUUGCAGAAGACCAAAGAGCAACGUAAGCACCUGAGCACCUCCUCCCGGACAAGCCUGCCGGAAAACGAACAGUAUGGCCGACUCAGCGGCGGCACCCACUACAACAGCCAGAAAACAUUAUCUACAUCUUCUAUUCAGAAUGAAAUCCCAAAGAAAAAGCCCAAGUUUGAUGCCAUAUCAGCCAAUGGAGACAGCGUUCCUUCCUCUCCCGAGAUGCUUUGCCCCCCUAUCCAGAGUGCCCCGUCCGUGUUGGUGCAGUGGGCUGCUUCCCAACAGAGUCUCGGUGCCCAUGAUUGUCCUGUUUCUCAAGGCACUGACAUCCUGAACUUUUCUCCAGACCUUGCCUUGGACUCUCCUGGCACCGACCACUUUGUCAUCAUAGCCCAGCUGAAAGAGGAAGUGGCUACUCUCAAGAAAAUGCUGCACCAAAAAGAUCAGAUGAUUCUGGAGAAAGAGAAGAAGAUAACUGAACUGAAGGCUGAUCUGCAGUACCAAGAAUCCCAGAUGAGGGUGAAAAUGAACCAGAUGGAAAAGACUCACAAGGAAGUCACAGAACAAUUGCAGGCCAAGAACCGAGAGCUCCUUAAACAAGCCGCAGCUUUAUCCAAGGGGAAGAAAACAGAGAAGUCAGGAGCAAUAACCUCCCCUUAAACACCGUCUGGGAGCUCCUCCUGCAGUAAGGCUGCAAACCCAGCUGGUUUGGUUGGAAUCCUUCCAGAACCUCAUUUUGAUUGUUGUUGCAAUGGACGUGGUGGAAGCCUCUGCGUCUGACCGUUCAAUAGCAUGCUUGGGGUGUUGGGUUUUUCACAUCUUGUUCUCCUGUCCUAGUACAGCGAUGAGGGUGGCUGGGGGCACCAUCCCUCCAAGCCCGCCAACAAAUACUUUCAAUGUCAGGGUUUUCCCAUUCAGUUUUACUACCACUCCCUCGAGUCGGUAAGGGAAACAGGGCUUGGGAUAGGAUCCCUCCACGGACUUCUCCUGCUUUGUCUCCCCCCCCUUCCCCCCAAGGCAUUUAACGUCCUGCCUUUUAAAGAGCAGUACCUAACUUUGCUUACUCGUAAGAAUGCUUGCGUUUUGCUCUAGUAUGCAGAGCUCCUCUCAAAUGUUUCCCUUAGGUUUGUAGAAUUGGGGGACGUUAAACCAAAUGGAGGUUUAAUGCAGCAACUGUCUAUCAGGAAUUCUGGAGGCUGAAUGGUCUCUUCGAAAAAUACUGGGGACAUUAAUUUGGAAGAAAGGGGGUUGAUGAAUUGCAAUUUUGCUUAUUCAUUUGUUGCUGCUGCUGCUGUCGUCACUUAUAUGGCAUUGGUUCUUUGAGAAUUGGGGUUUUGUCCCUGAUCAAGAUUUGCCUGCUUAUUUCUCCUAUUCCCCCAACCCCUUUUGUCUGGAGUUGGGAGGGGAGGAAGGGAGCCUUUUCCUAAGGUCAGUGGUUGGGUGAGGCCAGUCCCCAAUAAUGUGGUGGUAACUGGGCAGUAACAAGGCCCAAUUCUGCAGAGUUUUGAGGAAGCUGGGCAGAGAACAGGCACCAUGUUUCCAGCUAACUUGGCAGCAGAACAAAGAGGUGUGAGGGAAGAAGGUUGUGUUAGUUUUCUUUUCCGAGAUGAUGGGUUUUCAGGAGAAAGAAGCUGCUGGGAGUGCCAGCAAGGCCAAGAAACCCCUACCCCCAAUUAGAGGAAAGAUGGGACGAACUGCAGCUGUUUGAGCCCUGCCCCUCAAGGCAUCUCUUGGGAAAUAGCAAGCAGCUCAAAUACAGUUGAGAUCCAGGCAAGCUAUUUGGCCAGGUUGCUCCUUUGUACAGAACCCAGUCCGAAAUAAUGGGGGACACACCCCCUUUAUGGACAUGCACCUAACACAGCAAUUUGAGGUGGUGUGAGAUUAACUUUCUAUAAGAUAGAGGGAUAUCUGCUGCAGGUGGGCUUUUAUGGAUAUUUUAAAAUAUAUACAUAUAUGGGAUGAUUUGUUGUCCGGUUGCACUUUGAAAGACCUACAAGCCUUGGAGCGUGAAAGGAAGAAUAUUGAAACGCGCACUCUGCUGUGGGUUAUUUAUUUUUUAGUCUUGUUUUUGCUUUGUUUAAAAGACAUUUUACAUUAAGAAUUGAUUGCACCAGAAGGAGUUGUAGCAGCAGAAGCCUAAUUUUUAUAUUCAAGAACAUUUUUAGGAACAAGAAAUUUAAGCAGGAGUGGUUUUUAGCUUCUUCAGCCUACAGAAAAUGAAGACAAGGAGAAGGAUUUUUUCCUGUAAAUUGUGUCUUUUUUCUUAACUGUGACACCUUGAUCAUGCAUAUAAGUGGGUGAUUUAUAGUGAUGCUGUUUUUCUUUCUAUGUUUGUAACAUUGGCAAUCUUAAAAAAACAGAGUUGCAUUGAUUUGUACAAAAAAAUGUUUUAAAAAAAGGUUUGGGGGAGAGGGGGAGAUCUUUUGGUGGUUUCAUGUUUCGAUAUUUUGCCUAUGCCUUUCUUGGUUGAGUAGGCAAAGAUAAACCAUUCCCUCCCCCCCCCCACUGAUGUGGGCCUGAUCCACGCGCAGGUCAUCGGCAUGAAGCACAAAGACCUUUUGGUGCUACUGUGGUAUUUGAUGUAUGUAGAGGAUUAAACAGUAUUUUCUGUA